AGAGCUCCUUCUCGACACAACUUUCAAAACUUCCAUACUUCCUUCCACACAUUCAACUUCGAAAAAGUCUUCAAGUUCAAGAGACAACCAAUUCUUUCGAACCUUACAUUGUCUUACAAGUUACCUCAAUUAUCAACCAAAAAUACAAAGAUGUCUGCCAUUCGAUCCUCCUUCAUUCGGGCUGCCGCAAAGGCUGGUCGCAGAACCACCCCCUCCAUUAUCUCUAGACAAGCAGUUCGAGCUUUCACAACCACUCCACAAGCCAAUGACUACGAGGCUAUCCACGAGAAGGAGAUUCCUGCUACCAAGUUCCAACCUGGUUCUGGAGCAGAAAGAGUAACAAUUCCAGUUGAGGAAGCUGCGGCUGCUGCAGCAGCAGCAAAGGAGGCCGUUGACGUUGUCACUCCUCUCACACAAAGUGCAUACAAGGGCAUGACCCCUACUAUGCAGAAGAUGAGUUUGAUGGGCAAGGUUGUUGUUGUCACUGGUGGUGCUCGAGGCUUAGGAAACCACAUGGCACGUGCAUGUGUCGAGGCUGGAGCCAAGGCUCUCGUUAUUUUCGAUGCCAACCAAGAGUUGGGUGAUGCUUCGGCUGCCGAACUUUACGAAUUGACUGGAAACAAGAUCCCCAUCUCCUUCUUCAAGGUUGAUGUUCGUGAUGCCGAUGCGAUUGAGUCUGCUGUUGCCAGUGUUGUCGCGGAACACGGUGCUCCAGAUGUUCUCAUCAACUCUGCAGGUAUUGCCGAUUCCAACAUCCCUGCUGAGACUUAUGAUCACAACAUGUUCAGACGUCUCAUCGAUAUCAACCUUACUGGUUCAUUCCUCAUGUCCCAAUCUGUCGGAAAGGCAAUGAUGGCCGCUGGCAAGCCAGGAUCCAUCGUUCUCGUCGCCUCCAUGUCUGGAUCCGUCGUCAACUACCCACAAGAACAAUCCUGCUACAACGCCUCCAAGGCCGGUGUUGUUCAACUCGGAAAAUCCCUUGGUGCUGAAUGGGCCAAGUACAACGUCCGUGUCAACAUGAUCUCCCCAGGUUACAUGGACACUGCUCUCAACAACGUCCCAGCUCUUGAUGCUCAAAAGGUUAUCUGGAAAUCCCUCACCCCACAAAACCGCCUCGGUGCCGUUGACGACCUUAACGGUCUCGCCGUCUUCCUCGCUUCCGAUGCUUCCGCAUUCAUGACCGGAUCCAACGUCAUCAUUGACGGUGGUUAUACUUUGUACUAAUCGAUGACGAGGAGCCCACUUUCAUGAGAGUCCAUCAACGUCUGGAUACUUCACAUUUUGGGUAAUACCCAAGAAUCUACCUGGUCGUAGGAUGGUACCUCAGGAAAUGGCUUAAUGACUUCUGAUACCCUUUGCAUAAAGAUUUCAUUUCCAGAAUCGAUAUGAUGUUUCUUUGUUGCGUGGCAUGAAAAAGGAUGGCAAACUUCUCUGUAAUUACUUUUCUUCUACAAAGUGCAGAGAGGGUCUAAAGAUUUGUACUCCGGUUUGGGCUUGGGCAAUCUUUGAUUUAUUCGGCGUUAAUAGUAUAAAGGUUGCAUACAACAUGAUCUACAUGAUCAUGAGUUGAGCGAAUGGGCUCGGUUUAGAGGGAGAUGAUGAAUUAAAUUUAGACAAUGUUAUGGCUGGCUAUGUGUAAUGGUAACAGCGUAGCAUAGCAUUAGCAAUGAUGCGAUCAGCA